AUUCUCUUUUCCCCGUGGCUUGUUGCCUUCAAGUCUGUUCCCCUCUACUCUGUACACGAACAGCACCAGGCGUAGGACACUUGCGUGUCGCAGCCUUGUACACUCACAUCUCCUUCAUCUCCCCACCUAUCUAUAUCAAGUCUUCGCCCCUCCGCUCAGCAAACCGAUUUUAUUGUCAGACCCUGUUCUCACCAUUUCUAUCUCAACCUGUCUCAGCAGCUGUUAAGAAAUUACCUCUAAGCUAUAACCCAUCAGCGUCAUGUUCAGGGGCGGAUUAACCAAGCCUGAUCAGGGCGCUGAGGGAUCACGAAAACCACGCCAGAGCCCACAAGCGCAAAGGGCCUACAACCAGAUGCGGGAUGUCGAGGAAGAAUUCAAACGUCCAGGGCACUUCAGAGAGGCCCUGCAGCAGCGCGAACGGGGUAGGCAGAACGGCAUCAGUUACAGUCCCUACCUCGAGAUCCCAUCAUCCCAUAUUAGACGACAUAGAUCUCGUACUGGUUCAAUCGGCAGUACUGGCCCAGCGUCAACACAAGGCUCGGAUGGAGGAGUCGAGGACAGUGGGCGCAAGAGGCGUGGCCAUCGUACCAAACCUUUGGAAGAACCCCAAAGACUUAGAACGGCAUUUAUUCGGACGUACGUUGGUGCUUGCAGAGAAUGUCGCACACGUAAAGUCAAAUGUACACAUUUUGAUGACACCGAGCUCGAGGCGAACUACCAGGCAUCCAAACACAACUCAGUCACCAACGACCUCAUCUGGGAAUGCAAACGAGGAGCCGUCGAUCCAUGGGCAGUGGCGCCCACCGAUAGCGAAUCGUUUCCAUGCCACGCACGCUUUCCAAACCACAAUUCGUUUCUGGAACAUUACAGGACUCAGCACGAGCCCUUCGUCAACGAGAAGAUAGGCAAGGCUUCGGAAACGGACUGCUGGGCCCUCCAUCGUUUGUCGGAUCCAACUCUUCCGGACCUAACUCUCAUGUAUCCAACUCUUACGGAUCCAACUCUUACGGUUUCUACGGCAACAGCUAUGCCGGCUCUAUGA